AUGUUUGGGCCUACUCAAACCGUAGAAUUGAACAACAAAAUGGUAACCUCGUGGCUUCCAUUAACAACAAUACACACGGUGCCUACUGAAUGCUUGACGGCUUUCAUGUCUCGGUACGAUUUUACCGAACCGACUUCUGAGCCCCAGCCUUUUACAGCAUCGAUUUUUGCUCUAGGAUUGCAGUAUGUAUUACCCUUCGACUUAAGAUCAAAAGCAGAAGUCACUGGUACAGGGACUUGCUAUCUAUUGUAUCAAACAUAUCUAGAGACACAAGCUGAAUACGCAUUGUCCCUUAGGCCUGAUAAUCUUUCUUGUAUUGCACCAGAAGUUAGGACAUGGCAGGGGCAAGUUGGGGCAGAUUUCCGUUCGACACGCAUUUCGCUGGGCCCUAUGGAGUGCCCAUUCUUAUACACGACCGCUGCUUCUGUCGCAGUAAAUCCUCAAACAACGUAUUAUCAAUGCUGUCCAUCAGGUUAUUCACUUAAGCGAUUCACUCAGAUUGAGGAGUCUUUAAAUGAUGUCAAUCCUACCAUCGCCAAUCGAGAAUGCACAUCGCCAUUUCCGCCAGGCCAUGUUGUGUCCUUUAUAGAAAGGGACAACUUUGGUUUUCCUGACCAAAAUUUGACAACUACUGUUGGUUUAAAUGGUUUAGACGCAAGCGCUGUGGCUUCUCCGAUAAAUGGGUAUAAGUUUGGGGCUCCCAGCGUAUCGGUGACCAACACUUCAACUCCAUCGACAUUGACAACCAAUGCAAUGUCGGUCCCUAGAACUAUAUCAACGGUGAUCGCUUCCAGCAAUAUUCAGACCAUUUCUACAAGAAGCCCGAAUUCUCAGCCAACCGAGUUUCCGGAAAACCGGCCCAAGACACCAGUCCCUAAAUUGUCCACAGGAGCAGGAGUAGGCAUCGGGAGCAGUGCUGUGAUCGGUCUUCUAGCUUUCAUAGCACUCAUCGGAGUUUGCUUCCAAAAACAAAGACGAAAACAAAUGCAGUAUACAAACGAGAAAGAAUGUCUAGAAAAGCAAAGUGGCGGAGCAGCUAUUCAUCAGCUGAGUUCUAAUAAGGAAGAAUCAUCUGAAAUGCCGGCUCAUGUUGAAGCAAAAGAGUUAUCUAGCCAAACAUCACCGCUGGAACUAGAUAGUGGAGGAACGCUAGAUCCUAGUGAAAUAUGUGAGAUGGCUAGUGGCAAUAAUUAA